AUGACGAAGUUUUUGAUAGUAGAUUGUCCGUCGGCUUACAAUGUGGUGAUUGGUCGACCACUACUCACAGCCUUACAUGCGUCAGUUUCUAUAUGGCACCUUUCCAUGAAGUUCCCCACCAGUGCAGGACUAGGUUGUGUCCGGGGAGACCAAAGAGAAGCUAGAGAGUGUUAUAAUGCUUCGAUAGUUAAGGCGCGGAAGGGAGCUAAGGAGAAUAAUAUGAUUGUGUGUGUAGAUAGAGAAGAAGUAGAUGAGAUGUAUAUCAACCCACAUAGCAUUGUGAUUGUAGCUGACCAGGAGAAAGUUUUAAUAGUUACCAACCAAGAAAGUAAUUUUGGUUUCAAUGAGCAACAGGCCCCAUCCGGCCAAUUCGAGAUCAAGUAUCAGCCCCGAUCAGCCAUCAAAGGGCAAGCUCUAGCGAACUUCAUUGCCGAAUGCACCGGAAUUCCUGAUGUUCCCGACGAAACAGAAAAUGUAGCUGGGCAGAGAAAUGUCUUCCCUACCUGGAAACUCUAUGUGAAUGGGUCUUUGAAUGAGCAUCAUGUAGGGGUCGGACUUAUAUUGAUCACACCGGAGCAACAUCGGAUCCACUACGCAUUAAGGUUUAGAUUCAAUGCCUCUAAUAAUGAGGCAGAAUAUGAAGCCCUGUUAGCAGGAUUACGCUUGGCUAGGGAUGUACACGCUCGAUCAAUCCAAGUUAAUAGUGAUUCUCAGUUGGUGGUUUAUCAAAUUUUGGGAGAAUAUCAGGCGAGAGGUUUGCGUAUGGUGGCAUACUUAAAUAAAGCCAAGAACUUGUUAGUACAAUUUGAAGAGUACACGAUCAAGUUAAUGCCAUGA